UUUGGAAGUCAAAUUUUGAGGACUGCAACUGGUGAAGAAACCACCGUUUUGGGCCUAACAAGGCUCAAACAGUGUUAGGAUCUGGGAAUUGUAAUCCCCGAACUCUCGUAAACCCUUUUUGCUUCUUUUCCUCCUCCUCCUGGUUUUUUCUUCUCAGUUCUCCCACCGCCGCGGCCGUCGAUUUUCGCCGGAUCUGAUCCAUAUCCAGUGUCGGAUUCCGUGUCGAAACCGAUACGGCACCCCUAACUGCCGAUUCCGUGUAACGGAGAGAUGGCGGAGCUGGCAGUUGACAAACAUGUUAAGUACAUCUUAGCUGUUGAAAAGGUUGUUUACUGGUAGAACAAGGAUAGUUUUGAAUCGGUGGUGAUGGACCAUCUUAGAAUGAAUGGUGCAUAUUGGGGAUUAACAGCCCUAGACCUUCUGGGGAAACUUGAUUCUGUUAAUGUAGAUGAAGUUAUUUCAUGGAUCCUGAAGUGCCAACACGAAUCUGGUGGUUUUUCUGGCAAUAUUGGGCAUGAUCCGCAUAUACUGUAUACGCUUAGUGCUGUACAAGUGCUUGCCCUAUUCAACAAGCUAGAUGUUCUUGACAUUGAUAAGGUUGCAACUUAUAUUACUGGGUUGCAAAAUGAAGAUGGAUCCUUUUCAGGCGACAUGUGGGGUGAGGUGGAUACGCGGUUCUCUUAUAUUGCCAUCUGUUGCCUUUCAAUAUUAUGUUGUCUGGAUAAAAUCAAUGUUGAGAAGGCUGUUAGCUAUAUUCUGAGUUGCAAAAACCUAGAUGGUGGCUUUGGAUGCACACCUGGUGGGGAGUCUCAUGCAGGGCAAAUUUUCUGUUGUGUGGGAGCUCUUGCUCUUACGGGAUCUCUGCAUUAUGUUGAUAAGGACCUUCUCGGGUGGUGGUUAUGUGAGCGGCAAGUCAAAUCUGGAGGUCUUAAUGGCCGCCCUGAGAAACUCCCUGAUGUUUGUUACUCAUGGUGGGUUCUAUCUAGCUUGAUCAUGAUUGACAGAGUUCACUGGAUAGACAAGGAAAAGCUUGUUAAGUUCAUCUUGGACUGUCAGGAUGUGGAAAAUGGUGGAAUUUCAGAUAGACCUGAUGAUGCUGUUGAUGUCUACCAUACAUAUUUCGGAGUUGCUGGACUCUCACUUCUCAAUUAUCCAGGACUGAAAGCCAUUGAUCCAGCUUAUGCAUUACCUGUCGAUGUCGUAAAUAGAAUUUUCUUUAGUGGAUAAUUGGUAUUUCCUUUCGUCCCUCUCAGCAGUUCCAUGUCUUUUCGACAUUUCUCCUGUUAAAUGGCAAAAUGUAUUGAACUUUGUACUGUGAGAAUCCAUGCCCAUGGUCAUUACAUUUUCUUCUGUGACUGAUUGCAUAAUUUUCACUGUCAAACUUACUGAUUCUUGACACUGUAAUAACAACUAUUUUAUCAGUAAUGUAUAGGUGGAUGUACUACUGUCUUUCGAA